AUGCGCUGCUGCUGCCGGCCACCUUGCGAUCGCGCCGCAUGUUGCCUGCCUGCUGCCCGCCUGCAGGCGCAGGCGGUGGAGCUGUCGUGCCGGUGCGACGACGUGAGCGACGAUGCGGUGGAGCUGCGCCUGCUCAAGGCGCUGCUGACGGCGGUGACGUCCACCACCCUGGCGGUGCACGGCCAGGCGCUGCUGCUGGUGGUGCGCGCCUGCUACAACAUCUUCCUCACCUCGCGCUCAGACGUCAACCAGGCCACCGCCAAGGCCACGCUCACCCAGAUGCUCAACGUGGUGUUCCAGCGCAUGGAGGCGGGGUCGUGCCACGUGGUGGUGCCGCCCAUCGUGGUCUCCGACCUGCUGGGCCUGCCCCCCGCCGACGCCUCCAACAUGUCCGCCUUUGUGCAGCAGUUCCUGUACGACGUCAUCACCACGGUGGACCCCUUUGGCACCCCGGCAGCCGAGCAGGCCGAGCAGGCCGGCGCGGCGGCGGCGCCCGCGGUCAACGGCGGCGCCUCGCUGGCCGUGUCCAGCGGGGCGCUGGGGGAGGCGGGGUAUGCGGGCAGCGCCACCUCCGACAUCACCUCUGCCACCGCGGCGCUGGCGCUGAGCGAGGCCCACGGCGGCGGCGGCAGCGCCAAGCCGCUGACCAUGCCCGCGCAGCUGCAGAAGGACGCCUUCCUGGUGUUCCGCGCCCUGUGCAAGCUGUCCAUCCGCAGCAGCGACGCGUCGCCGGGCAGCGAAAUCACGACCAUCCGCGGCAAGGUGCUGGCUCUGGAGCUGCUGAAGAUCCUGCUGGAGAACAGCGGGCCACUGUUCCGCUCCAGCGAGCGCUUUGUGUCGGCCAUCAAGCAGUACCUGUGCCUCAGCCUGCUGAAGAACUGCCAGUCGGCGGUGCCCGCCUCGCUGCGCCUCUGCUGCUCCAUCUUCCUCACCCUCAUGACAAAGUUCCGCAAGAACCUGAAGGCCGAGAUAGGCGUCUUCUUCCCCAUGAUACUGCUGCGCCCCAUCGAGCCAGCGGCGGUGGUGCUGCGCUGCCUGCAGGCGCAGUGCGAGGACGGCCAGCUGCUGGUCGACCUGUUUGUCAACUACGACUGCGACCUGGAGGGGGCCAACCUGUUUGAGCGCAUGGUGACCGCGCUGGUGCGCAUCGCGCAGGGCAGCCUGGCGCACGACGCGGGGGCGGGGGCGGCGGCGCCCCUGGAGGAGCAGGCCAUCCGAUACGAGGCGCUGCGCUGCCUGGUGUCGCUGCUCAAGUCCAUGGCCGCCUGGCACAGCAGCACCACCGCGGCGGCGGUGGUGCCCGACGAGAGCAUGCUCAAGUCGGUGUGGCUGGCCAAGAUGGCUGAGAGCGGGGUGGCUGCCGGCGCCGGCGACAGCGCCCCCGGCGGCGGCGAGGGCGACCAGCGGCAGGCUGCGCUGCUGGAGAGCUGGAAGGGGUACAAGCGGCAGUUCCAGCAGGGCGUGGCGCUGUUCAACCAGAAGCCCAAGAAGGGGGUGGGGUAUAUGCAGGAGCAGGGGCUGGUGGGCAAGGCGCCCGACGACGUGGCCCAGUUCCUGGCGCGCACCUCGGGGCUCAACAAGACGCUGAUUGGCGACUACCUGGGCGAGCGCGACGACUUCAACCUGGGCGUCAUGCACUGCUACGUGGAUGCGCUGGACUUUGCGGGCAUGGAGUUUGACGAGGCCAUCAGCAGGCAGUUCCUGUCUGGCUUCCGCCUGCCGGGCGAGGCCCAGAAGAUCGACCGGCUGAUGGAGAAGUUUGCCGAGCGCUUCCUGUCGUGCAACCCCGAGUCGUUCAAGUCUGCUGACGUGGCGUACGUGCUGGCCUAUUCAGUCAUCAUGCUCAACACAGACGCACACAACAACCAGGUCAAGAACAAGAUGUCCAAGGCCGACUUCCUGCGCAACAACCGCGGCAUCAACGACGGAGGCGACCUGGCGCAGGAGUGUAUGGAGGCGCUGUACGACCGCAUCAUCCACAACGAGAUCAAGAUGAAGGACGACCCCAUGGCGCUGAGCGGCGCCGACGCGGCCAAGGCGGCGGCGGCGGCGGCGGCCGGCGUGGGCUGGCUGGACACAAUCAUGAACCUGAUCCCCGGCCGCGCCAAGGCGGCGUCGGCGGAGCCAAACGACGAGGCCAUCCGCCGCACGCACGAGCACCUCAGGCGCAAGGCCAAGGGGGUGACGUUCUUCGAGGCGCGCGACGGCGAGGCCAUCCGCCCCAUGCUGGACGUCGCCUGGGCGCCGCUGCUGGGCGCCUUCAGCGUGCUGUUUGAGGAGUACGACGACGAGUACUUUGUGGGGCUGUGCCUGGAGGGGUUCGUCAGCUCCGUGUGGCUGACGUCUGUGCUGGAUGUGGAGAUGCUGCGCAGCACCUUUGUCACCUCGCUGGCCCGCUUCACCAUGCUGCACUCCCCAGCAUCCAUGAGGCUCAAGCACGCCCGCGCCUUCAGGGCGCUGCUGAUUGUGGCGGAGCAGAACGGCAACCACCUGCGCGAGUGCUGGACCGAGGUGCUGCGCUGCGUGUCGCGCUUCGAGCUGCUGCAGCAGCUGACGGCGGGCGUGCCCACCGACGCGCUGCUGUUUGCCAUGCCCGUCGACAAGCAUGGCGGGUCGGCGGCCGACAAGCUGAAGCGGUGUAUCAUGCCGCGGCGCAAGGCGGGCGAGGAGGAGGGAGGGCUGGCGCACGACUCUGUCUCCUCCUCUAUCCAGAGCAUGGGCCUGCACGCAAGUGAGCCUGGGGUGGACAAGAAGCACCUGCCCCCCGCCGACGUGAUGGCCAGCGUGGAUGUGCAGGAGCUGAACCGCCUGUUUGUGAACAGCGGGCGGCUGGACAGCGAGGCCAUUGUGCACUUUGUGAAGACGCUGGGGGCGGUGGCGCAGGAGGAGCUCAGGCCCGUGGCCUGCCCCCGCGUCUUCAGCCUCACCAAGAUUGUGGAGUGCGCGCACUUCAACAUGGGCCGCAUCAGGCUGGUGUGGAGCCGCAUCUGGGCCGUGCUGGCCGACUUCUUCAUCGAGGUGGGGUGCCACGCCAACCUGGCGGUGGCCAUGUACGCGGUGGACAGCCUGCGCCAGUUGGCCAUGAAGUUCCUGGAGAGGGACGAGCUGGCCAACUUCUCGUUCCAGAACGACUUCCUGCGCCCGUUUGUGGUGGUGAUGCGGCACAGCCGGGCGGUGGAGAUCCGGGAGCUGAUCAUCCGGUGCGUCAGCCAGAUGGUGCUGGCGCGGGUGGCCAACGUGAAGAGCGGGUGGAAGUCGAUGUUCAUGGUGUUCACCACCGCCGCCAGCGACGAGAGCCCCCAGAUUGUGCGGCUGGCGUUCGACACGGUGGAGAAGAUUGUGAGGGAGCAUUUCCACUACAUCACAGGCACGCGCGCCUGCCGAGGCAGGGGGUGGCAGACGGAGACCACCACCUUCACCGACUGCGUCAACUGCCUCAUCGCCUUCACCAACAACCCCCACUCACUGGAUGUCUCCCUCAACGCCAUCGCCUUUUUGCGCUUCUGCGCCAUGGCGCUGGCGGAGGGAGACAUCGGCGACCUGUCCCCGGGGUCGGCGGCGGCGGCGCACGGCGGGCGCGGCGGCGGCGGGCGCAUCCGCUUCACCGACAAGGACGAGCACAUGUAUUUUUGGUUCCCGCUGCUGGCGGGGCUCAGCGAGCUCACUUUCGACCCACGGCCAGAGAUCAGGUACAGCUCGCUGGAGGUACUGUUUGAUAUCUUGAAGUACCAUGGCGCCACCUUCUCGCCCCAGUUCUGGCUGCGCGUCUUUGACUCUGUGCUGCUGCCCAUCUUUGACCACGUGCGCGCCGAAGUGACCGACACCACCACCUUCACCGACGACAAGCGGCGCGCGGAGGUGGACUCCUGGCUGUACGACACCUGCACCCGCACCCUGCAGCACAUCGUGGACAUCGUGGUGCAGUACUACGCGGCGGUGUCGGCCCUGCUGGAGCGCAUCCUAGAGCUGCUGCUGGGCUUUGUGCGGCGCACGCACCAGGCGCUGGCGGGGGUGGGGGUGGCGGCGCUGGUGCGCCUCAUCGUGGCGGCGGGGCCCCACCUGGAUGACGACACGUGGAUGAUGAUGCUGCGUGCGCUGUCCACCGCCACCGGGGACACGCUGCCAAAUUUUGGCGUGCAGAGCCCGCCCGCGGCGGCGGCGCGCGGCGGCGGCGCCACCCCCGGCGGCAGCCCCCGCCGCCACAUCGACCGCCGCCCCAGCCUGUUUUCUCUGGGGGAGGGCGCCGGGGCGCGGCGGCUGGCUGAGGUUCACGUGCGAGCGGGCAUCCAGCUGCUGCUGGUGCAGGCGUGCAGCGAGGUGUACACGCAGCACUCGCGCGCCAUGCCUGCCCCCGCCGCCGUGCUGCUGCUGGACACGCUCAAGGGCAUCGCCAGCCACGCGGCGGCGGUGGACGCGGACGCGGGGCUGCGGCACUCGCUGCUGCUGGCGCAGGCGGCGGACAAGCGCUCCCUGGGCGACCCCCCGCUGCUGCGCCUGGAGGCUGAGGCCAGCCAGGCGUACCUGUCGGUGCUGCUGCACGUCCAGGCGGCAGCGCCCGACGCUGUGAAGCAGGCGUGCGCCGUGGAGGCGCGCCUCACCCAGCUGUGCCUGCGCAACCUGGAGCGCUUCGAGCAGCAGGAGGAGGCGGCGGAGGAGGAGGCGCGCAGCGCAGGCGAGGGCGGCGGCGUGCCUGCGGGCCUGCAGCUGCACAGCGAGGAGAACCGCACGCUGGCGCCGCUGGCGGUGGCCACGCUGCGCGCGCUGCUGGCCUUCUCCCCCGACGCCUUCCGCGCCCACCUCAAGGACUUCUUCCCCCUCCUCACAGCCCUCAUCUCCUGCGAGUACGCGCCGCCAGAGGUGCAGCGCGCGCUCAGCGAGCUGUUUGCCAAGCGCAUCGGCCCCAUGCUGGCCUCGUGACCGGGGGCGCAGCGGCGGCGGCGGCGGCGGCGUGCAGGGCCGCUAGGUGCCCUCCCUAUGUGUGCAAUGACACCCCGAGCCUAUUGGCUGGCGCUUGGACCAUUUGUAGCAACAGCAGCGGCCC